AACCCUUACCAAAGAUGGAAGAUGGGACGGGGGUUAGAGGGACAAUAAAUUGAAAGCAGCAGAGCUCAAGGUUACAACACAUCAAUCCUGAGAGAGUGGAGAAGAGACGAGUGGGAAUGGAAUUAUAGCAGGGGAGACAGAGAAAGAGAGAAAGAGAGAGAGAGAGAGAUAAAGCUAGAAUAAGAGAGCCUAGAUGGGGGGAGACGAGAUGUGAAGAGAGAGAAGCGCACAUGAGCGACUCCAACUGUGAGAGAGAGAGAGAGAGAGGGAUAUAGCUACAGCGCAGUGACCUACAGAGACAGAUGAGGAAGUGCUGUGUGUGGAGUGUUGCCACCGUAUCUUGUUAUCAAGGAUCCCAUUAAAUGGUCCCAUAGCCCUCGCGCUCCAUAUCUGGAUAUUUCUACUUCCAUGUGGGAUGAGCAGCUGCGCUGAGCGAGAGAGACCAAGGCAUCUGACAUCAACACCAUGAGGUGCUACGAGGUGAAGUCAGUAUAGUGUGAGCGGGAGCCCUGAGAUGGCGACGCAGGGGCUGGCGGCCUGGCUCUUGGUGCUGCUGGCCGUAUUGGCGGUGGCUCAUGCCUCCAUCUUCCAGUCCAAUCAGAGACUGAAACCUCGGUUCCAGAGAGACCGGCGCAACAUCCGCCCCAACAUCAUCCUCAUCCUCACUGAUGACCACAAAAAUGAAACAGGCUCCAUGCAAGUCAUGAAUAAGACCCGGCGGAUCAUGGAACAGGGUGGAACGCACUUCUCCAAUGCGUUUGUCACCACGCCCAUGUGCUGUCCGUCACGCUCCUCCAUGCUGACGGGGAAAUACGCCCACAACCACAACACCUACACCAACAACGAGAAUUGCUCUUCGCCCUCCUGGCAGGCCCAACAUGAGCCACGCACUUUUGGAGUUUACCUAAACAGCACUGGCUACAGGACAGCAUUCUUUGGGAAGUAUCUGAAUGAGUAUAAUGGUACUUACAUUCCUCCGGGCUGGAAGGAGUGGGUCGCCAUGGUGAAGAAUUCCCGCUUCUACAACUACACUCUGUGCAGGAACGGUGUCCGAGAGAAACAUGGAUUUGAAUAUUCAAAGGACUACCUGACAGAUCUCAUAACCAAUGACAGCAUCAGUUACUUCCGCAUGUCAAAGAAGAUCUACCCUCACCGACCCAUCAUGAUGGUGAUCAGUCACGCUGCCCCUCAUGGCCCGGAGGACUCGGCCCCUCAGUACACCACUGCCUUCCCCAACGCUUCACAGCACAUAACGCCCAGUUAUAACUACGCCCCUAAUCCAGACAAACACUGGAUUAUGCGCUACACCGGCCCCAUGAAGCCCAUUCACAUGGAGUUCACCAACAUGCUGCAGCGCAAGAGACUGCAGACGCUGCUGUCCGUGGAUGAUAGUGUGGAGAAGAUAUACAACAUGUUGGUGGACACUGGGGAGCUGGACAACACAUAUGUGAUCUACACAGCAGACCACGGAUACCACAUCGGUCAGUUCGGACUGGUCAAGGGCAAAUCCAUGCCCUACGAGUUUGACAUCAGAGUUCCCUUUUACAUCCGUGGCCCAAAUGUGGAGGCAGGAGGCAUCAACCCCCACAUCGUGUUGAACAUAGACUUGGCGCCCACCAUCCUGGACAUCGCAGGGAUGGACGUUCCCCCAGACAUGGACGGCAAGUCCAUCCUCAAGCUCCUGGACACAGACCGCAUGAUGAACAGGUUCCAGCUCAACAAGAAAGGAAAAGUGUGGAGGGACUCGUUCCUGGUGGAGAGAGGAAAACUGCUGCAUAAAGUGUUGAAUGAUGGGAAAGAUAUGGCCCAGGAGGAAAACUACCUGCCCAAAUACCAGCGUGUUAAAGACCUGUGCCAGCGCGCAGAGUACCAGACGCCAUGUGAACAGAUCGGUCAGAAGUGGCAGUGUGUUGAAGAUGCCACAGGGAAGCUGAGGUUGUCUAAAUGCAAAGGCAUGGCCAGUCUGUCUGCAGUGCGGAAGCCGUCUGUAUCCAGCAUCAAAUCACAGAUUUAUCUGCAGAGCAUGAGCGCUGAUGUCAGCGUGAACUCUGAGCCUCAAGGCUGCAAUUGUGAACCCACAAGCUACAGACUGAGCACCUUCUCCAAGAAUAAACUGUUCUCCAAAAAGAAACUGAAAUCCCUGAAGAGCUACUCCAGGAACCGCUUUGCCCGUGCUGUUUCCAUGGAGAUGGGAGGAGACCUGUACGCAGUGGACAUGGAUCACGAAUACAGACCCUCAGGCCCCAGAAACCUCAGCCUCAGGCAGAACACAGCAGACGAGGACGAGUUCAGCGGUGUGGGACCCACUGCAGUCAGCCAGACCAACAACAGCCUGACUGUGCCCUCCUCUAUUAAAGUCACUCACAGAUGUUCCAUUUUGGCCAAUGAUACAGUAAAAUGUGACGUCGGUCUGUACAAAUCGCUGCAAGCAUGGAAGGACCACAAGCUCCACAUCGACCACGAAAUCGAAACACUCCAGACGAAGAUUAAAAACCUUCGUGAGGUCAGAGGUCACCUGAAAAAGGCUCGACCUGAAGAGUGUGACUGCAACAAAUACUAUUACAAAUCCAAGUACAAGAGUAAGCUGAGGAAAUACAAAGCAGGAGGUGUCCAUCCCUUCAGGAAAGGACAGGAGAAGGAUAAGAAGGCCUGGUUGUUGUUGGAACAAAAGCGGAAGAAGCUGAGGAAGUUACUGAAGCGCCUGCGUAACAAUGACACCUGCAGCAUGCCUGGCCUCACCUGCUUCACACACGACAACCAGCACUGGCAGACCGCUCCUUUCUGGACACUGGGGCCGUUUUGUGCGUGCACUAGUGCCAAUAAUAACACCUACUGGUGCAUGAGGACCAUUAAUGAGACACACAACUUCCUGUUCUGUGAAUUUGCCACUGGAUUUCUGGAGUACUUUGACAUCAACACGGAUCCGUAUCAGUUGGUGAAUGCAGUGAACACACUGGACCGGUAUGUUCUCAACCAGCUGCAUGUUGAGCUCAUGGAGCUCAGGGGCUGUAAGGGACACAAGCAGUGUAACCCUCGCACACGCAGCCUCGACUUCGAGGACAGAUAUGGGAAGGAUGGGAAGGAUAAUUCAUGGAACGAGGGCGCCCCGGAAGACACCAACAUGUUUCCCGGCGAGCCGAACUGGUCCGAACUUGAACCUUUGUACAGACUUGAUGAGCACGCCUACGAUCUCAAACUCAACUUCACCCUCAGCCUCGAGGACUGGGCUCAUUUCAGCCGCUCCGUGGACCAGAUGUUCACGCUCCUCAGCAACGACAACCAGCCGUACUCUCCGCCCCGCCAUGACGAUGGACAAACAGGAAGAGGCCACGCCCUGGUGUCCUCCAGCCAAUCCGUUUCAGCCAUCUACCUAACUACUCUGGCCACGCCCGCUCUUUUAUUGAAGGAAGCUGGCGCUGAGGUCUUAAGAGACGCUUUGGGGCUAAACCAAGUGGAACGUCCCUCUUCUUCUUCUCCUCCAUCGCAGGUGGACAGUGCAGACUGGGACACUCCUCUUGGAGAACUGAAAGGGGACAGACAGAGAGAAGAGGAAGAGGAGGAGUUUGUUCAGAGACGGACAGGAAGGUUAAGCUCCACCCACUGUGAAUGCAAUGACAAUUUGCAGGAAACGGUUUGACUCUCAUGUAACGUUCCUCUCUCAUACCCUCCCUCCUCCUCAGAGAGACAUCGCAGAAAACUUCUAAAUUUGAUGGAAGUGAAGAAAGAGGAUGUUUAAUGCCAGCGUACAGUCCUUCGGUUUGUUUUUCUUCUCCCAUAUGUUCCCUCGCUCCAUUAUCAACUGGCCUCAGAAGCACGGCGACACCCAGCAAUAUUUCCAUCUACAGUCGGACUGUUAUCCCAACUUGUCCAUGAGAUCGGCUAGGCUUUGAACAGAGCACAUUUUUAUCUUUUAACUUUUUAUCUUUACUCUGUUUUUAUUCUUUCAUCUUUUUUUGAUGGGUAUUUUGAAGGUUGGGGGUUAAAAUUCAUAGCAGUAAAACCUCACAAGGAUUGAGCUGUUGUGACCAUGCAUACUUGAUUCAGUUUGAAACCAGUUUUGCAUCAUAAUUCUUGAUGACUGCUUUUCUUAUUUUGGUGUCUCCAGAGGGUGUCUCACUUUUUGGGACGAUAUCUUUUACAGCCUAAUAACUUCACUGAACAACACCUCAAACAGGUCAAUGAUGAAUGUGUGUUGUGUGUGUGUGAACACGCUGUAUCUGAAGUCAAAAGUGAAUUUGAGUGUGAUAAAACAGAGCACUCUGAUUUUAUUUGUUGCUCCCAGUGUAUGUUAUUUAGAUUUUUAAUCUUAAAUAUUGGACAGAUUUUUUUUUUUUUUUUUGGUUCAAUAGAAAUUAAAUCUAAAUUUCUUACAAUUUCUUUGCUGUUAUUGCAGCAUAAUGAGUUGAAGCAACUAACCACCAAAAACGAAAAAGAAAGAAAAACAGUUAAUUUGAUGUAUUGGUCAUUAUUUGUAUUUUACAAAAUUGUAUGUUUUCCCCAAGCACAUAAGAAAUUUUGAUGUACUGAAACAUGCCGCGUCAUAUUUGUAACCUUAGCUUGUUCUUAAAACUUUUGCUAUACACAAUGCUACUAAUAUCAGAGCAAAUAUAUGAAAUGGAUGUAUGUAUUUUAAUGUGUUUGCAAUGUAAAUGGUUAAAGGAUAUUUUUUAUUACACAUUUGAAAUUAAACUGACCGCUAGACAUAAAGAUUUCACUCCAGCUUCAGGUUUAUUUAUGCAGCAUAUUUUUAACAGUUCUUUAAUACACAUAUUCAGUUUUUUUUAUGGUGACAUAUCUAAGAUUGUUUAAAUUAUUAAUCCACCUUCCUGAUUUAGUUAAUCCAUUCCUGCUUCAAGAUCAGUUUGUUUCUGAUUGUGAUUCUAUUGUUCAAGAGGGUAAUAUUCUGAUCCCUGAUCAGUCCACUUACUCUUGGAUACUUCAUCAGUUCAGUUCAUUGUGUUCACAUAUUUCAUAUCAAUGUACAACAUCCACCCCUCACCUCUCGUGGCUGUACUAAAAGCAGUUUUGUCUGAGAUUGUGUAUGGUUGUUUUAAAAACCACCAUAAUUAUUGUAAAGAUGUACUGUGCAUAAACUGGAGGAUAGGAGACAACUCGGAGAGAAGGAGAAAUUUCCCUUUGGCACUCUCAAAGGGAUAGCUGUUUUUGGAAUAGGAUUUUAAAAUAAGAUGAGAUGGUUUUAACAAAGUCUUGUACAGUUCUAUAGAUUUAUCAUACCUAUAUUUUUGUUUUGGUUUACCAGUGAACAUUUGAUAGUGCUCAUUACUUUGUGAAUAAAGUGUUGAAUGCCCAAA